UUCUGUGAUUCAAUAAGACACCGGAAGUUUACAUUGUUGUCACUACAGAUUUGUACAUUCAUAAAUUUCAACUAAAGUGACUUAAAGUCUACUAAAGACAUUAGUUUUAGAAUUUGAUGUAGAUCUAUAUCUAACUUAAGUAGCGUAGAAAGGGUAGAUAGGAGAGAAGACCAAACUAGUGAGGGCAUUGAAUAUUUUGUUCAUCAAAAGGACUUCUACGCCUAAUAAUAAACUAGAUCUAUGUCUUCAACAAAUGCAGCUGCCAUAGGAUUUCUUUCUACGCCAGCCAAGCUUCCGAAAGAAUGGCAACCUAAACUACAUGAAUGGAAUCCAUAUCAUUGCAGUCACCCUGAUGUUGCUAAAGCUGGUUGGAGGAAAUGGAGUGCAGAACACCCAGAUUGGCAUGCUUGGAGAUCAACCUCACGUCAUCCUGAUUGGUACAACAGAAAAGUGAAUUAUAUUCGAAGAGCCGACUACAAAAAUGUCAACUGGCACUGGGAGCAGCCAUCGAAACCAACAUCACGCAAACAUGACAAUUUUGUGCCCUUCAACAAUGAGGUCAAGAUGAAAGAGGUACAGAAGGCCAUGCCACACAACAAGGGGCUCCAAGGCAGCUGGAGCUACGCUGUACCCUUCCCACAAGAAAUACCCACACCGAAAUGGGGAUUGUUCAACCCACCAAAUUACCAGGAGCCAACCAGACUCAACCAUUUCCCUCCAAUCCGCUAUGAUGGGCACCAAGCGAGGAUGCAGUAACUAGUACUAGAUGGAAGAAUUGGUGGAGCUGCAAUUUAUUGAGUUGUCAAAUUGUGUUGGGCGUGAAGGAGCUAAGUUUUCUUUGUUGAAAGAACAGAUACAAAUUUAACUUUGUAACAAAGAUCUACAAUAUAUAAUUAAAUUUGAAUUAUCAGUUUUUUUUAAA